AUGCUCGCUCCUCCGCUUGCUGCUGCCCAUGGCGCCGCCGACACGUGGCAAAGCGCCGCGGGAGAGGCGGCGGGAAAUGCGGCGCAGCUGGCGGGGAUGGACGAGAGCAUGCAGGCGCUGCGGGAAGUGGUAGUGUGGCCGAUUAAGUACGCCAAAGAGGCCGCUGCGCUAGGCCUAAAGUGGCCGUCAGGUGUGCUGCUGUACGGCCCGCCAGGCACGGGCAAGACGCUGAUGGUGAGGGAGAUAGCUCGGGAGUGCAACGCACGGCUCUUCACUGUCACGUCGUCAUCCAUCUUUGGAGCAUACGCGGGGGAGAGCGAGAGGCGGCUGAGAGACGUGUUUGAUGCGGCCAGGGGGGGAAAGGAUGGGGAGGGGGGACUGGGGGUAGGAGGUAAAGAGGGAGUUGCUGAGGGAGGGGCAGACGGAGGAGCGGAUGUGCGGCCGUCGAUUGUGUUCAUUGACGAGAUAGACGUGUUGUGCCCCAAGAGAGACUCCAGACGUGUUGUGCCCCAAGAGAGACUCAAGCCCACCGCUUCCCACCCCUCUCGACCGCUUGUUGUCAUCGCUGCCACAAAUCGCCCUAACGCACUAGAUGCCGCGCUGCGCCGGCCGGGACGAUUCGACCGCGAGAUCGCAAUCAACGUGCCAGGCACGAGGGAGAGAGAGGCGAUACUAAAGCUGCAUGCGCGCUCCCUCCCUCUGCUUGCUGACGUGGACAUGCGCCAGCUGGCGGCGCGCUGCAAGGGCUACGUGGGUGCUGACCUGGCGGCGGUGUGUCGCGAGGCGGCUCUUGCUGCUGUCAUGGAGAUUGCUGCUGGGGAGGAGGAGAGGGGAGGAGGGAUAGUAAGGGGGGCAGUGGUAGGUAAGGAGGGGGAGGUGGCGGCUGGGGAAAGGGAGGCUUCUCUUGCUGCCGUGAUGGAGGUGGCUGGUGGAGAGGAGGAGAGGGUUGCAGGGGUAGUGGGGGUAGUGGCUGAGGAAGGGAAGGCGGUUUCUGGGGAAGGGAAGGAGAGGGAGGGAAUGGUAGGAGUGGGGGAAGGUGCAGAAAGGGUUGAUUUUUCAGUCGACUCGAAAAUUGAGCUUCUUUCACAUCUGCUCUCUCGUGUGGGGCCAUCUGGGACUCGUGGCGUGGCGACUGAACUGCCUGCCGUCACGUGGAGCGACAUUGGAGGAUUGGAGGGCGUGAAGGUGAGAAAAGAGGGGGGAGUGGGGGGGAGAGGUUUAAUUUCUUUCACAUGCGCUCUCUCGUGUCGUGUGGGGCCCUCUGUGACUCGCGGCGUGGCAGCUGAACUGCCUGCUGUCACGUGGAGCGACAUCGGGGGGUUGGAGGGUGUCAAGAAGCGACUGCAGAUGGCGGUGGAGUGGCCCUUGCAGCACCCAGAAGCCUUCCUGCGCCUCGCUCUCACCCCUCCCAGGGGAGUGCUGCUGCACGGCCCUCCCGGGGGCGGCAAGACAAUGCUCGCCCUCGCUGCUGCCCAUGCCUCCAAGGCAACCCUCUUCUCUCUCAGCGGUGCAGACCUGUUCUCCAUGUAUGUGGGCGAGGGAGAGGCAAUGCUGAAAGACACGUUCCGAUUGGCUCGCAUGGCGGCUCCCAGCGUGGUGUUUGUCGAUGAGGUGGACGUGGUCGGGGGGCGCAGAAACCAAUGCAUGCUGCUUCGUCUGUGCAUGCACCUCCCAACCAACCCCAUCAACUUGGUGCUCAUCAACUUGGUGCCCAUCAACUUGGUGCUCAUCAACUUGGUGCUCAUCAACUUGGUGCUCAUCAACUUGGUGCUCAUCAACUUGGUGCUCAUCAACUUGGUGCCCAUCAACUUGGUGCUCAUCAACUUGGCGCUCAUCAACUUGGCGCUCAUCAACUUGGUGCUCAUCAACUUGGUGCUCAUCAACUUGGUGCUCAUCAACUUGGUGCUCAUCAACUUGGUGCUCAUCAACUUGGUGCUCAUCAACUUGGUGCUCAUCAACUUGGUGCUCAUCAACUUGGUGCUCAUCAACUUGGUGCUCAUCAACUUGGUGCUCAUCAACUUGGUGCUCAUCAACUUGGUGCUCAUCAACUUGGUGCUCAUCAACUUGGUGCUCAUCAACUUGGUGCUCAUCAACUUGGUGCUCAUCAACUUGGUGCUCAUCAACUUGGUGCUCAUCAACUUGGUGCUCAUCAACUUGGUGCUCAUCAACUUGGUGCUCAUCAACUUGGUGCUCAUCAACUUGGUGCUCAUCAACUUGGUGCUCAUCAACUUGGUGCUCAUCAACUUGGUGCUCAUCAACUUGGUGCUCAUCAACUUGGUGCUCAUCAACUUGGUGCUCAUCAACUUGGUGCUCAUCAACUUGGUGCUCAUCAACUUGGUGCUCAUCAACUUGGUGCUCAUCAACUUGGUGCUCAUCAACUUGGUGCUCAUCAACUUGGUGCUCAUCAACUUGGUGCUCAUCAACUUGGUGCUCAUCAACUUGGUGCUCAUCAACUUGGUGCUCAUCAACUUGGUGCUCAUCAACUUGGUGCUCAUCAACUUGGUGCUCAUCAACUUGGUGCUCAUCAACUUGGCGCUCAUCAACUUGGCGCUCAUCAACUUGGCGCUCAUCAACUUGGCGCUCAUCAACUUGGUGCUCAUCAACUUGGUGCUCAUCAACUUGGUGCUCAUCAACUUGGUGCUCAUCAACUUGGUGCUCAUCAACUUGGUGCUCAUCAACUUGGUGCUCAUCAACUUGGUGCUCAUCAACUUGCUGCUCAUCAACUUGCUGCUCAUCAACUUGCUGCUCAUCAACUUGGUGCUCAUCAACUUGGUGCUCAUCAACUUGGUGCUGUGCUCAUCAACUUGGUGCUCAUCACUUGGUGCUCAUCAACUUGGUGCUCAUCAACUUGGUGCUCAUCAACUUGGUGCUCAUCAACUUGGUGCUCAUCAACUUGGUGCUCAUCAACUUGGUGCUCAUCAACUUGGUGCUCAUCAACUUGAAAUCUCAGGCAGUGGAGGAAGCGGGGGGGGGGGCGGGGGCAGCGUGGGGGAGAGGCUACUGGCGGCGCUGCUGACUGAAAUGGGCGGGCUUCAGUUGCCCACCGCUUUCAUCUCACAAUCCAGUUGGAUCAUCUACGUGCCACCAUUGGACGAAGCAGGGAGGCUACACGCUCUGCAGAUCCACACAUCCGCCAUGCGCCUCGCUCCUGACGUCAGCCUGCCAGCUGUCGCCACCCGCACGGCGCUGUUCACCGGCGCUGACGUGGCAGCGCUGUGCAGGGAGGCUGCCUUGGCAGCGUUGAGAGGGAAGGUUCUUGGAAAUGGGGAGGGAGGGAGUGAAACAACAGCAGAGGAUAUAGCACAUGGGGAAGCAAAAGCAGUAGCAGAAGCACAAGCGCAAGCACAAGCAGCAGGAGCAGCAGUUGUUGCAUCUAAUACCACUCCCCCAUGCGUUUCCCAUGAGCAUUUUGAUGCUGCACUGAUGGUGGUCCGGCCGUCCUUGACUGAACUGGAGGUUCGAGCAUACGAGCGAGACACUUAG